GAAGAGGAGGUGGAAGCCAAAAUUCGUCAAGUCGGUCUGGUGGGAUUUAAAGAACGGCGGCUUCCUCUGUUUGGCCCCCGCCGCCGCCGCCUGCUCCCCUCCAGACAGACAUUUUCAUUGCAUCGAUACGGCAGUCAACAAUCGCAGCAACAAUGACGACGAAAACCUCACGCCCCAUCGCAUAUAUCCUCAUCCGGGUCGGCCAGCUCCUACUCUGCGCCGCGCACCUCUACGUCUGCAGCGCGCUGGUGUUUUACUUCGUCGGCAAUGAUAUCGCAAAGAGCGACUAUGCCAUGGGAUAUCGACGCAAGCGCGAGGCCAUGCCCGGCAGGGGCGGUGGCGGCGGUGGAUCCUAUUCUGGUGGCAGCGGCAGCGGCGGCGGGGGUGGUGGCAGUAAGAGUCCUACCGACCCGCAGAUGCCGUUGAUGCUCUUGCUCGGUGUGAGCGUCAUCUCCCUUGUCGCCGCCCUCGUAUCUCUGAGCACCAUGCUCUGCGUCCGGUUCUGGCAGAAGGCGAUGGUGUUCUCCUACAAGAUGGACAUGUUCCUCUUCGUGAUGUGGGUGAUCGGGAUGGCGAUUCUGGCCAAGGUGAUGGAAGAGUACGAAGUGUUCAACAAGACCAGUCCGCACGCGGUCUUUUUCAAGGCGACUCUUGGCCUAUCGAUCGUUCUCCUGUUGGCUUUCUUGGUGACAUGCAUCUACUCGCGAAAACUCCGGAUUAAGCCCCCGCCCGCUGCUGUUGCCGGCACGCCCGCGGCAGUGGUAGCCCCCUCCGCCGCGCCGACCACGCAAGGCUACGUUCAGGUACCAGACGCUAAAUACGUGCAACAGCAGCCGCCGAUACCGAUGCAGCAGUUCGCCCCGCCAUAUCGGCAGACUUACCAAGCACCUUCGCCGUCGCCGGUGAAUCCGCCACUGCAGCAACAGCAACCACAACAGUUCCAGCAACCACAGCAACCACAGCAACCACAGCAACAGUUUCAGCAACCACAGCAACAACAACAAACGUUUCAGCAGCCGUUCCAACAACAACCACAACAGACGUUCCAGCAGCCACAGCAGCAAACAUUCCAGCAGCCAUUCCAGCAACCGUUCCAAAGCCCUGUGUAUCAACAACAGCAAUGGCGACAAUGAGGGCGAAGGAAGAACACACCCUUAAACAUUUUCCAGCUAGGUAGGUAGUUUGGUCAUUUCAUAUGUUUCGCAGCGGAGUCAUAUCUAGAUUGUAAUUACAAAAGCGAUGAAUACAUAGACGUUUCUUUCUUUCGGGUGGUAGAUAGAAUAAAGUUGUUUUUUUCUAUGCGGAUCGGAGAACUUCCCAAUGCAGGAUGAUCCCGAGGACCCGAGGUUCUUCGGUCAUCACCGAAAUCCGAACACGGGCACGGGGGGCGGGUAC